AGGAGCAGCAGGAGCCAUUCGAGGAGGACAUGACCUGUCCAAGGGACCACGUGGUGUGGAGUUGGGUGACUCCUGGGCAUGAUGCUGACGGGCAAUUCUCGCGGGUCGAGAAGGCUGCGCUGCAAGAUCUGCAACAAGGAGUACAAAGGGAACCAGAAGCGUGCGUGGGAGCACUUCAUUUUGGCGAGGGCGUCAGCCAAGUGUUCGGGUUCGAACCUCUCCAUUUGGAAGAGGCUGCAUCGCAUCGGUGCACAGCUGCCACCGGAUUUGCUCGCGAGGGUGCAGAUGGCGCUGGAGCAGGAGAGGGAUGACGACGACGACGACGUUCCCUACGUGGCAGGUGCUGGGCCUGCUAGCAAAGGGGGGGGAGGUGGGAUUGCUGAUCAGCCUAAGGAGCCACGUGGUGGGGAGGGCGAGGAGGGAUUGGAAGAGGGGACGAGGGGUGUUGUGACAGGAGGAUCCGAUGGUGGAGGGAGGCCUGGGUCCUCGCAGGCUGUCAUGCAGGUCGCCCGCACACGUAGGCCAGGGAGGCAGAUGAGCAUCAAGAGGUACACGAAGAACCCAAGGCAGGAGGAGAUUGAUGACUCCUGCUGUGAGUUCUUCGUGGAGAACGCGAUCCCGUUCAAUGUCGCCAAGAGCAGGAGCUUCAAGAAGUUCACGCGGGCGUGUUACGGACCACAACCUGCAGCAAGCCACCCUCUUGUGCCUACUGGGUACAACCCUCUCAGGUGUCGGUUGCUGGAUCGCCUUAACAAGAGGUUGCAGGAGGAGGAGCAGGCGAUCCGUGAUGACUGGCAGGUCACAGGCUGCACGUUCAUAACCGAUGGGACCACAGACAUUUGUGGUCGAUCGCUUAUGAACUACAUCCUCGCAGGCCGGUCGAAGCCUGUUUUCAUCAAGUGCGAGAAUGUUAGCGAGGGGGACAAGGACUUUGUAGCCGUCGUUGCCGGAUGGAAGCGGUUCUUCUGGGAGUGGGGGGUGGAGAAGAUCACGGUUGUCUGCACGGACUCUUUUGCAGGCAACACGAGUGUUGCGAGGAUGCCGAGGGAGAACCUUGAGUUCAACCAGAUAUAUUGGAUCCCUUGCACCGCUCACUGCAUGGACCCCCUCAUGCACGACAUUUGCAAGGAGUGGGCGGCCGAGAUCAUCAGUAAGGCGAACAGAGUGGUCACCUUCUUCCGGGUUAACAUGUGGCCCAGAUCAACGCUGAGAACGACACUUGUGAAGUUCCCGGACUUGAAAUCCAGUUGCCUCCUCCGACCGGCGCAGACGAGGUUUGGGAUGCAUUACGUGAUGCUGCAGCGGCUGGAGGUCUGCGAGAAGGCCAUUAGACGGAUUGUCGCAGGGCAUGAGUGGGAGGCGGAGGUGUGGCGAGGGGACAUCAGGGCCAAGGCCUUCUUCGUGGAGGAAACAGUUCUUGACAGGUCCUUUUGGGCUCACGUCAGGAAGCUGACUGCCGUCAUGAAGAGGCCCUAUGACGUGUUGCGCGAGGUGGACAAAGUUGUCCACUGCUUGUCACGCAUUUACGAUAUGGCUUGUCGACUGCCCGGCUUCUUGAGGGACAUUACUGUAUUCAGUGAUGUCAACCUCAUGACACAAUUUGAGAGUGUGGUUGAGAGGCUCAUUGGAAAGAAGGGAAGCACCAGAUUUGACGAGUGUAUGGACCAACUUUACGACUUCCUGUUCGGGAGAGGAGUCCUCGGCACCCCACAGGCGAAGAAACGGGCUACGAAGGACAAUGCGGUUUUGUGGUGGGAGGCGCACGGGGCGGGGCAUCCAGAGAUCCGCGAGCUGGCGAUCAAGGUGCUGUCGAUCUGGACGACUUCCUCUCCUGCUGAGAGGAACUGGAGCACUUGGGCUCCGGUGCAGACGAAGUGCAGGAACAAGUUGCACCACCAGCGCACCAACAAAUUGGUGUCCUCACAUUGGAGUUUGAGGCUCAAGAGCAGGGUGGAUGAGGGCCUCAUGAUAGCAGGAGGGUGGUUGAGGCUCUCAGCUGACUGGGAGGACGAGGACCUGGGGGGUGAUUUGGCGAAUGCCAUCGAGGCCGUUGAUGACUACGAGCCUGCUGUUGGGGGCGCCAGUUCUGCGGUGGGCAGCACUAUUGUUCGCCACGAUCCAGCUGGGCCAUCGACAUCGAGGUCCAUGCAGAGAUUAGGGCAUGCGAAGGAGGUCGAGGACGAGGAGGACAACGAGGAGGCUGACGCCGAGGAUGAGGAUGAGGAGGAGGUGGAGGAUGACAUUCCCGACGAGGAGUGGGUGGACCAGAGGUCGGACUCCGAUAGGUCUUGGACGAGGAGAGAGGACGCCCCGUAUGUUCGAGGCACACGAUAUGGACUAUGAUCCCAGACUCAGCCGCGUGGGGAGGAGCAGCAGGUGGAGGAUCAGCAGCCGGACAAGCAGCGAGGGAGGGGUGCUACGCAGCGGGGACACCACCCAUGCUUACCCUACCCCUUAAAAAAAAAAACAAAAAAAAACAAAAAAAAAAAAACGUUCGCGUUCGUUGAUUUUCGGAGCCCGUUCUCGUUUGGGCGAACGGGGUGCUACGCAACUUACAACUAAGUUUACGAAGAAGAACAAAAAUUGUAAUCAUCG